AUGUUGUAAGUUUAUUUAGUUAGAUAUGAUUGUUUAAAAAUACAAUAACUCAUACCAAGUAGAAUAUUUUGUAUCAUCUUUUACUCUAUUUGUAUCAUAGAUUUUAUACUCCUGCUAUUUUCUUGCUCAUUUUUUAUAAUCCCAUACUAAUAGCAAGAAUUUGAAUAAUAAUACAUAAUUGAAAAAGUAUUCCUUCAUCUAAAAAUAGGAAACUUCAGAUUGGGAACUUGAUUUAAUUGAGAAAGGCUUUUAAUAAUUUAAUAUCGAAGGUUAAUUGAAUACUUAAAAAUUUCUAUUUAAGCAAGUUCACAAGGAUCCAUAUUUACUAUUGAAUUACACAACCUUAUUUCUAAAAACUGGGUUUCAUGAAUAUUUUGGAUACAUCAAUUAUUAAAUAGCAUAGCUUACAAAUUCAAAGAAAUUGUGCUUACAACUAAUGUAUAAUAAGAAAUUCAAAUAAAAUAUGAUACAAGAACUACCAUCAUGUAAUGAUAAUUUUGGUAUUAUAAUAAUACCUUGGUUUUGGAAAGGAGAGAAAAUACAAUUUUUAGUGGAAAUGUGUCUAAAGGUGUCAGUAAAAGAUAAUUAAUUGUAUUAUUAAGGUGGAUGUUAUAACAAUGGUUUAGUUUACAAGGAAUUGGGUUAGGAAGAACUUUAAACGUUUGAGAAUCUAUCAAUAUACAUUCGACAUGUGAAUGAUCCAUAUAUAAGGGGAGUGGAAUAUUCACAUAAUUAUGCAAAACCUAAAUAAGAUAAUCAUAAUCAAUUUCCAAAAUUUAUUUAUUAUUGUUUUUUAUUUGGAUGUGCAGGAAUAAUUUACAUAAUAUUUAUAUACUUAAUUUUGACUUUAAGGAGGAAUAGCGAGAAAACGCAAUUUGUAUGAGG